UCAGCACCAACGAUCAGCUCCAGGCCCAAGAAAUCAGAUGCUUUUCUCGGCAUCAUGACAGGUGUUUAUUAGUCACAGCUAUUAGUAUGAGAAUCGUAAUUAGUCCUUGAGACUUUCGAUCGACGACUACUAGCACCCUUGCGCUCCAUGAGGUUUUCCUCUCGGCACAAAACGGACUCCCAUCAUAGCACAUAAGCUAACUACUUCACCAUAGCUGUGUAUACCAUUUACCAACAUCGCGCCUCACGCAAGAAGCCUAUCAAGUGGUCAAUAGUCUCCAGACCAUACGGUCGAAACUCAAUUAGUCUGAAUGCUGCGAGCUAUCUCUUUUUGUUUUCGACUUCACACUCCUCCGGCAGAACUAAACAUCAUGGACGAUGGUCACCCUCACGCCUCCAGCAGCCAAUCUCCCUAUUGGGCUCGCGCUCUUCGUGCCAAACUACUUCGAAACGCAGCUUCUCUUGCUUAUACAAUACACCAUUACGCCCACCCUGCCGCACCUUCUGCCACACUCACGAAGUGGAUCGACUGUACAUUAGGUGAGAAGAAGGGGAAGAAGGCCAUUAGGCUGGAUGUCUACGUGCCAAAUGGUGUCAAGUUGGGGUCUGCCGACUCUGGCAAUCGUCCGGGAGUGAUUAUAUUCCACGGAGGCGGAUUUGUGCUUGGCCAGGGAACAGAUGAUGCUCGUUGGGCAGGGGCAGUCUGCGAGCAAAUGGGGGCUGUCGCCAUUGCAGUUUCAUAUCGACUUGCUCCUGAGUUCCCUUUCCCCACACCCGUCGAGGAUUGCGCUUCGUCCAUUCUACAUGUCACAGAGCAUGCCAAAGCCUAUGGCAUUGACCCUACAAAACUUUUCAUUUCUGGGUUCUCGGCCGGCGGGAAUCUCGCCUUCUCAUCACAUCACCUCCUCCAUACGCCCAGUAAAUGGGGUUAUUCUCUCCCUAUUGACCCACUACCCAUCUGCGGCAUCAUCACAUUCUACCCAUUGCUCGACUACUCCCUUACCCGACCCGAAAAACGUUCAGCCUGUGAGAAACCCGAAUUCACAUUAGCUCCCUCUCUCACUACCCUCUUUGAUUCAUCUUACCUCCCGCCAGGCGUCGAUCUCUUGGACUGUCGGCUAAGUCCUGGUAUCGCUCCAGAUGAGAUGAUAGAGAAGCUUCCAUCUGUGCAUUUGGCACUUUGCGAGUAUGAUAUGUUACAUGCGGAAGGGAUCAAGUUCAAGGAGAGGUUGGAGAGUAAAGGGAUUAAUGUGAGCGUGAGGGAGAUCAAAGGGGAGAAGCAUGCGUGGGAUAAGCCUCCUCCGAUGUCGCCAAAGCCGAGCGUGAAGGAGGAGUAUGAUGCAACGAUAACGGUAAUGAAGAGAUGGUUAGACCAGGAAAGAAAAUAAUAUUCCUCUGAAAUUGUUGGCUUGAGGAAAUAAAAACAUAAGUUGCACAAUAAUAGACAAAAUGCCCAUUAUAAUCGCAUUUCCAGAUAAUACUUAUAUAUAGCACACACAGCAUUAAUAUUUAAAGCAACAAGGACAC